AUGGCAACUGAUCUGCAGAACCUCGGGAAUAACGUCGUAGUGGUAUUUGGAAAAGUAACAGAAAAUUCUGGAUCCGCCUAUAAUGGUUUGACAGGGGAAUUCACGGCACCUCGGGACGGGGUCUACUCAUUUACAUGGACCGUUCUGACAAAACCUGACAAGAAAUUUGUCACAAAUAUUGUUCUCAAUGAUACAAGUAAUGUCGUUGGAUUCAACUUUGUCCACGGAAAUAGUGGGAGUCAAACUUAUUCAACAGGAUCUGCCACAACAAUUAUAAAAAUGAAGAAGAAUGACAAGGUCUGGAUAAGAACAAGGGGAAAAGAUGGGGAAUUCGCUUAUGCUGAUUGGUCCUCGUUUUCUGGUUUUAUUUUGUCAUGA